AUGGCGCGGAAGGGACAAGAAUGCGAGCCAGUGGACCUACACAGUUACUUCCAGGCAAUGAUGACCAAUAUUGUCGCAGAGACUGUGCUUGACUAUCCAAGGCAGCUUGUCAGUUAUGACGCGCCUACUUCACGAUGGAUGGCUGUGCACCACUUCAUUAGUCGGUAUCGUUGGCUUAUUGGGGACAUUCCGUGGCUUGUUCCAAUUGGCCUGGGCUUACUCAAAGUAUUCCCAGACUGGAUUGGUGCAAUCAGCGAUGGCUUUAAGGACCUAUAUGAGCACUGCAAGAUUGUCGGGAAUGAGAUCUUGACUACCAGGAAAAUAAAUGACCGCACACUGUCAUCGGCCAAGCGCCAGUCCGUACUGCUCUUGGAGCAUCAUGACCACAUACAAGAACUCACUAGGAACAAUACUUCAGAGUUACUACAACAGGCUGCCGUGUUUCUGCUUGCUGGCACAUCCCCCUCCAUCACGCUAACCGUCGCAUGUUUCUACAUUCUGAAGUUGGCACACAUAAGAGAACAGCUGCGAAAUGAAUUGGAUUCACUGGAACGUAGGACACUGGAUGUUUCCGCUCCGCAAUUUGACUGGCGGGAGCUUUCUCGGCUGCGUUAUCUCACACGCAUCUCCGCAGCACAUUUCGUCUUUCAUCAUAACGAAAACAUCUUCCCUGAGCCUGGACACUUUGACCCCGAAAGAUGGCUUCACAAGUCUACCGAGGAGCUCCAGACCAUGGAGCAAUACUUCAUGCCAUUUAGUAAAGGGUCCAGGGCAUGCAUUGGGUGGCAGCAGGCAUAUGUCUACAUGUUCACCGCUAUAGCCUAUAUCUUAACUCGGUUUGAAAUGAAGCUUAUAGGAAACCCGCCAGACAACUUGAACUGGAAAGAUCAAACUGGGGCGGUUCCGGUAGCGCCACCUCUUGUUUGGCUCAGGUCAAGGAAUCGGACUUGAUCGGUACGUAUUGGACUGGCAUACAGAUGCUUUUGAUGUCACCUUCAAAGCUGGAUUCAUAUAAAACAGAAGAUUUAAAACACUAUCUCUUUCUCAAUCUACAUUAAACCUUAUCC